UUUUUCGUUUGAUUACUUAUCUCACAUACGAGAGGGAGGCAGGGAGUUUAAUGGGGAGAUGGGGAGCUUGGUCCCAGCUCAGGCAACUAAAAGCAUCGUCGCGGUGCUCUUCCUCUCAUUCUCCUCGACGUACAUCGGCUUCUCUUGGAAGUCUUUUUCUACCCCCGACAUAUGGUUUCUGCUCACCAUUUAUUAGGUUUUCCUCCACAAUCCCUGCCGUCUCCGAUUCCUAUGAUGGGGUUUUGGGCUCUGGGCAUUACGAGCACAUACAGAGGAAUGAGUGGGAGUCGCACGAAGACGAGGGCACCUCUAGAUAUAUUCCGGUGAAGGCCUAUUUUCUAAGCACUAGUAUUGAUUUGAAGAGCAUACAAACUGAAAAUGUGUGCUAUGUGAUUCCUCCGUCUUCUCGUUCAUCAAAUUAUGUUGCGCUACGCUACUCCGAUUACCCUCUAGAUAUUGGGAUCAAUGAGAAUGGCGAUAAUUGCCGCUAUGUUGUAGUUUUCCAAUAUGGAUCGGUUAUCUUGUUCAAUAUUGCAGAUCAUGAAGCUGAACAAUAUCUUGAUUUAGUUAGGAAGCAUGCUCAUAGAUUGCUUCCUGAAACGAGAAAGGAUGAUUACGCUGUGGUUGAGAAACCACAGUUAACUUCCUGGAUGCAUGGAGGUGCAGAUUAUAUAGCAUUGAAAAGCUUAGAUAUGGAUGGCAUACGCAUAAUUUGUAAUGUACUUGGGCAAAGUAUUGCUCUCGAUCAUUACAUAGGACAGGUUGAUGAUAUGGUUGAAGAAUUUACAGACAUCAAUCGUGGUAUGGAAAAGACUGGAACGUUUACCAUGAAAAGAAAGAAGCUUUUUCAACUGGUGGGGAAGGCGAACUCAAACUUAGCUGAUGUAAUAAUAAAGCUUGGUCUAUUUGAUAGAUCCGAGAUUGCUUGGAGAAAUUCAAACUAUGCCCAGAUAUUGGAGUAUCUUCGUGAAGAGUAUGAACUUGCUCAACGUUUUGGGAGCCUGAACUUUAAACUCAAAUUUGUCGAGCACAACAUCCAUUUCCUUCAGGAAGUUCUUCAAAACAAAAAAUCCGAUCUUCUGGAAUGGGUGAUCAUCAUACUGUUACUCAUAGAAAACAUAAUCUCCAUGUAUGAGAUUCUUAAAACUUCCACAGUCAUUCCUCCUUGACCUCCUCUUGUCAUUUUGAUCAUUUUUGUUCAUCUGGCAUGCAAUGGCUCCUUUUUCCUUGAUGCUUCAGCUCCGAACCCUAAUUAUGCCCAUCAAUUCCUGUUUAGAUCAUUUACUCUUUUCUAUUUCGAAUCCUUGAAGCUCAAUUUUCCUAAACCUAUCACCUGCCGGUUAAGUAUUAAUUCCCUCCCCUUCCUAUGUUCUUUGAUUUUAGUUUCAAGUAUAAUGCCUAAGAUUCUCGCUCUCGCUCUCGCUCUCGCUCUCGCUCUCGCUCUCUCUCUCUCUCUCGUUCUCUUUCUCGGUCAAAAUAUACUCAAUUUUCACCUCUGAGGCACAAUUUAUGCAAGCAGGAAAUGUUAGUUGAAACUUAAUGUUGACAUGUUGAGGUGAAAGGUCUCCGUAAUUAUGCUCGAAUACGUAGCACAUCGGUUGAAGACAAAAUGAAGUAUCUCAAUGUGUUGGGUAAUCUCCUUAUUUGAUGUAAAAUCGAUGUGUGAUGGAAGCGUAGGCAACUGUAUUAUGCAUUCUUGUAUUUACUGUUUUUUAGUUAUUUUAUAUUUACAUGUAUUUAUACACAAAAAUGCAAUAAGAUGUGCUUUUACUUGUUA